AUGCCUCGAUCCCUGGCGGACGUUGAGAAGUCGCUGGGCCAGGCGCUGGUGGGAUUCCCAGCCCGAUACCAGAAUCGAUACGACGAUAAGGCUAGAAAGGAGCUCAUAGAGAUCCUAUUCCGCUCUCUUACAGGCCAUAACGAUGAGUACCUACGGUUACUAUUCCCCAACGGCCCUGGGAAUGGGUGCUGGAACCUAUCGAAGGCUCAAGGCCUGGAGGCUGGGGCGGAAUACUCAGAGGCCGCGCGAGGAAAACGAUGCGGACACACUUUCAAGUCCGGCGAUGCGGGAUACCACUGUAUAACCUGCUCGAUAGACGAGACCUGUUGCCUAUGUAAUCGAUGCUUCAACGCCUCGGACCAUACCGGGCAUAAAUAUGCUUUUUUUGUCUCGAGCGGACAUUCUGGAUGCUGUGAUUGUGGAGACGAAGAGGCCUUCCGGGUGCCCGUCAACUGUGCAAUCCAUACUGCACUGGAGAGUGAUGGCCAGGAGGAGAAGAAGAAGAAGGAUGAGAAUCCGGUGCCAGAGAUGUUGGUUGCCUACAUCAGGAUGACCAUGGCUCGCGUUCUCGACUACUUUUGUGACGUGAUAUCCUGCUCUCCCGAGCAAUUGCGGCUCCCCAAGACCGAGGCAGGAAUCAGACAGGAUGAAGUCGUCUCUAGACUGUCCGGAGAUUGGUAUCAUGCUAGUGAUCCUGAGGAGAGUGAGCCGGAAUUUGCCCUAGUGCUCUGGAAUGACGAGAAACAUACCAUCAACGAAGUCACAAAUCAGGUAGCCCGUGCCUGCCGGGAGCGAGAAAGGUUCGGGCUGCAAAAGGCCAAUGAAUCAGAUGAGGUCGGCAGGAGUGUGGUGAAAUAUUCAAAGAACCUCUCCGGACUGCUCGAUGUCUCGAGGAUCAUAGAACAGAUUAGAGUCACCGUCACCGUCCGGUCUGCCAGAGAUACUUUCCGAGAGCAGAUGUGUGCCACUAUAAUUGAUUGGCUUUCCGAUAUCUCUGGUUGUCGUGUUGGCGACGAUGGCUCGUUGCUACGACUCAUGGUCUGCGAGCAGAUGCUCCAACCCUGGCACCCUGGAAGUGCUGCUUCUAACGCUGGGAUUGGCAACAAGGGAAUUGACGACCAGAGCCUGGAUGAUGGCCGGAUCUACCAAGCUGUCCAAAUUGCUCAGGCUGAGAUUCUAGCUGCGGAAAUGGUUGAUUUUACUGACGCUGAAAUGGAAGACACAGAGGAUAUAAGACGGGCGGCGGAGGAUGAUGACGAUGAAGAUAUGGACGACGCAGAGGUUGACCAGGUGCAACUAGAUAUGCACGUACAGCAGGUUCUCGGCGACGCUGCUGGAAAUACUGAUGAGGCCGACCUUGACAUGGAGACGCGAGCAGAGGCGGACAUUGCAGAGUUUGGGCUCCCGCCGCAGCCUCCGCCACCGCCUCCACCGCCAGAGCAGCCUCCUCCUGGGGAUGGUGAUCCGCUCGUAAUUCUCCCUGUGACAGAUGAUCCGCAAUUCUCUAGGAAGCCUGUCGCCAUACCGAAGACUCCGGGAGUAAAGCAGAAAGCUAACCCUACAUGCCUACCACAUUGGCAAGAAAAGCCACGUCUAUUCCAUGAGAGGAGAAAUUUGCCGCACGAAGACCUCCAGCAAAGGACGCGGUUAGACUGGCUGAUUUUAUAUGAUUUGCGCCUGUGGAAGAAGACUCGCACUGAUGUGCGAGAGUUGUACUUGGCUACUGUCGUCAAUGUCCCCGAGUUCAAGAGGGUGCUUGGUUUGCGAUUCUCUGCGCUAUACACUGCUCUGGCCCAGCUGUACCUCAUUGCAGAUAGAGAGCCCGACCAUUCAAUUAUUAAGCUCUCUCUUCAGCUGUUCACGACACCAUCUAUCACAAAGGAAAUAGUUGAGCGCGGGAAUUUUCUUACUAGUAUAAUGGCUAUCCUUUAUACCUUCCUUACAACAAGGCAGGUUGGCGAGCCUCAUGAUGUCAGCCCUACGGCUACCCUUGCGAUGGACUCUGGGUCAAUCACUAAUCGCAGAUUAUAUCACUUUUUCCUCGAUCUAAGGUACAUCCUUGCCUCCGAGCAUAUUCAAAGCUAUUUAAGGACGGAGAGACAGUAUCUUUUGCAGUUUAUGGAUCUCGUCAAGCUUACCCAGGGUAUUUGCCCUAACGUCAGAGCCGUUGGAGAGCAUCUAGAAUAUGAAACGGAUGCGUGGAUAGGGGCUUCCAUUCUGAUGAGAGAAGUGACUCGCCUAUGCAGGAUAUUCUGUGAAGCGUUCCGUCCAAAUAACCUCACUGAAGGAGAUAGCAACCUCGCAGAUGCAAUUAUGCACGCUGCGCUUGCAACAAUGGUCAAUUCAAUGGGCCUGGAAAGAAAACGUUUUGUCCAAGCCGAAAUUAAAGAGCCAGUACGGUUUAAAACGGUGCCGUACCUCGAAUUUGAGAUUAAUGCAUAUAACCAAAGUGGACGCCACACCGUGGUUGAUUUCGUUGUUGAGAAAGGGUCGCUGAGUUUCCACCAUGCUCUCCAUUAUAUUCUCUCCUGGCUCCUGGAAUGCGCGAGAAGCAAGCCAAAAGACUGGGUACGAAGUCUUCUGGUCCAAGCAGUCACGUUGAUGAAGGAAAAAUAUUCUGUUACUCCACCGCAAGCGCUGGAUGCAGACGACGUCAUCCUAGCGAUGUUUGACUUCCCAAUAAGGGUUUGUGCCUGGCUUGCCCAAAUGAAGGCCGGCAUGUGGGUUAGAAACGGAAUGAGUCUCAGGCAUCAAAUGGGCCAGUAUCGUGCGGUAAUCUCCCGAGAUGUUGCGUACUGUCGAGAUAUUUUCUUGAUACAAGCUGCUAUGGCGAUCUGUGAUCCGAGCCGUGUGCUUGCAACCUUAUGCGAUAGAUAUGGAAUAUUGGAAUGGAUGAAAGGAGAAUAUGUAGAUCGCCCUGGUUACGACGAAGGACAGCAUGUGGAUGUCGCUGACGAAUUUAUACAUCUUUUGAUCAUAUUGAUAUCUGAACGGACCUCUUUCUCGACGGGAGAAGAUGGCUCUGCUAUUCAACAUCAUAUUAUCAGAAGAGACAUUGCUCACACCCUAUGCUUCAAACCGCUCGCUUAUACCGAUCUUAGUGCUAGGAUACGGGAUGAGGUAGUUGAGGCUAGGGAUUUCCAGCAGAUCCUUGAAGAAGUUGCUACCUUCCGUCCGCCGGAUGGUCUCAACGACACUGGAACAUUUGAACUAAAGCCACAGUAUAUAGGCUUGAUAGAUCCGUAUUCCACGCAAUAUAGCAGAAAUCAACGGGACGAGGCGGAGAACAUUUUCAAACAAUGGAAAGCUAAAUCAACAGGAAAAAGUGUUCAAGAAGCUAUCUUUGAACCAAAGCUAGAACCAGUUCCCGCUGGUUUAUUCACUGGAUAUACCAAAUUUACCCGGACGCCUCUGUUUGCUCAAAUUAUUCACCAGUUCUUAGAGUACUGUCUAAUGUUCAAAAUAUGCACGCCUACAAUUCAGUUGACGCGGAUCGAACCCUUCCUCCAAACUAUUCUCCACCUAACGCUACUUGCUGUCUUAGAGGAUCCCCGUGCAGAUAAGGAGAACCCCGAGGCAGAAAAGGAGACAUUCACUUUCCAUGUUCUUACCAAAUCCAAAUCAACGCAACUUGGGGAUUUAACCAUUAUCGGGCUAUUCCAAAAAAUAUCGGAGGCCCCGCCCUAUGAAGCCUGUGCGCCAAAAAUCAGGCAUAUACUGAAAGGCCUUUGGAAGAACAAUCCAAGGUUGUACUCCGUCAUUUCAAAUGAUCUUGUGUUCCCAUAUGGCAAUAUUUAUCAGUCUUCUUCUACUCCUGUAUCAGACAAUGAGGCAGAGCAAAAGAAGAAACGAGCCCUUGAAAGACAGGCAAAAAUCAUGGCGCAGUUCAAGCAACAGCAACAAUAUUUCUUAAAUAGCCAGGAAAAUAUUGAUUUGGGUGAAGAUGAGUUUGACGAAGCAGAGGAGCCGCUGCGAUUCUCGGAGGAGGUAAUUCGGAAGUAUCCUUCUGGGAACUGUAUCUUGUGUCAGGAAGAUACCAAUGACUCAAAAUUAUAUGGAACAUUUGCACUUGUCACUGAAAGCUCCAUUUUCAGGGAGACUGACUUGAAGGAUCAGGAUUUCGUUAAAGAGGCUCUUGCAACACCCUCAUCACUAGAUAAAUCGGCUGAGUCGAUUCGUCCGUUUGGAGUUGCUAGUGAAAAUUUCGAGCGCGUUCGACAAUUAGACUCAAAAGGUGAGCUGAUAAUAUCAACGAAGCAAGGUCUAGGGAAAGGGUUCCCGGCGGAGCUACAUAAACAAGGCCCCAUUUCCACAGGCUGUGGGCACAUUAUGCAUUAUAAGUGCUUUGAAACCUAUUACGCAGCUACCCGGCGACGGCACAACCAGCAAGUAGCUCGAAACCACCCCGAGAACCUCAACUUGAAUGAAUUCGUCUGCCCACUUUGCAAGGCCCUUGGAAACGCUUUUCUUCCUAUUAUAUGGAGAGGGCAAGAAAUGUCAUACCCGGGGGUAGCAGCUCCUAAAAUACCUUUUCGAGACUAUAUAUAUAGAAAGAUAGACCCGAUUCUUCUAAGGUUCAGUAAAUGCGCAUUGCCCAAAGACGAUGAUAAAAGUUUUAUCCCUGGAUAUGGGGGGUUUUUUGCUCGAUACUUAUCGACCACAUUAACACCAUCCCUCUCCCACGGUGCAGAUGAUUAUUUAAUCUCUGGAGCGAGAGAUCCACGCGGAUUGAUAGGUGAUUAUAAUGCUACUUUCAGAUUCAAUGGCUACCAGGGCUUCGCAGAUGGACAGAUAUCGGAAGAUGAUGACAGGCCCUUUCGAACUCUGCCAGAUGAUUCCCCGGCUACCCACAACCCUGGCGCAACCUUAGCGGCAUUGAUUGGUGCACCGACACUGGCAAAUAUUCCAAAUCCUACCAGUUCCUCAGAAGGAGGCGAAGCACAGCCCACCGAUGCUCCGUCGCCAUUUUCGGAACUUCUUGCCGUCUAUGCGAGACUACGGGAUACAAUGAGAUUCAACGCUAUCCCAUCCCGCUUCGAAUACCAGCCAGGGCAUCUUCUACCUGGAGAUUUAGUACACACCGACGCUCUAGCCAAAAUAUUUGCAUAUUCUAUCACCUCUGUUGAAAUUGCCCAAAGAGGCCAGGAAACAGGGCAAGGAAUAACUCUGGUAAGCGGUAUAUCAGAGACAUCAUUAACACACCUACGAAUUCUUUGUGAUACUGCACUUGCCUACUCCUCCUUAGGCAGCCUGGAGUUCCCUUCUGCGUUGAAAACUUCACAUGAGUUCCGUGACAUGCAUCGACGUAAGAUGAUCCAGCUCUUCUUUGGAAGUCCGUAUCUCUCAAGUACGGGAAUCUCGAAUCUUGGCCGUGAUUCUAUGGAUAUCGAGCCAUUACUUUCAACAGAUAUCUUUGCCCUUUUAGCAGAAGCUUCACUUUGCCUGGUUCCCGUUCUAGAUAUGGAGAUUAUGAAUUUGGCCCAGCUUUGCUAUAUCGCUGAGAUUAUAAAGGUGGUUCUGGCGUAUCUCUUGACGCCCCAGGGGCUGAAAGCAAAUAUGGAACAAGCUAGCGAAGAUCCUACUACUCCAGAUGAUUACUCUUUAGCCAAGGACUUUGUCAUGUGGGUUAUAUCUGCAUACAGGUCCUGCGCCUCAUUUGUUGCAGACCCGGCGUUGCAGGUGUUGUUAGAUGGAAUCGAUAGGAAUUUCAUACCCAAAUACCGACUCAGGGGCUGCCUCGAAGUGGUCCCAAAAUAUAUUCUUCCUUUCCUACGCAAAACCGCGAUAUUGCUGAACGUCAGGCACGGCGUUGACUUUGCUGAUCAUGACUCAGAUAUUAAAGACGAAUCGGAACUUGAUCGUCUAACCAUGAUCCUGCGGCUACCACCGAUUGAUGAAGUGUUCGACAAAUUGUCCGCCGCUGACGAUGGGGAUCCGCUAUCCGCUAUUGUUUGCGGGUGGAUGGAACACUUCUGUAUCUCGAAGCAUGAUGCUAAAGCCGCAGGCACCCUACAGCCACGCCUUUCUCUCAUGCACCCAGCUAUUUUUGAACUUGUUGGUCUCCCUUACUAUUUUGACUCGUUGCUGGAAGAAGCCACUCAGCGCACCUGCAUGACGACUGGAAAAGAGGUAACUGAUGCGACCAUAUGCCUCUUCUGUGGUGAGAUAUUCUGCGCCCAGGCAAGCUGUUGCAUGGUGAAUACUAGGUUGGGCGGCUGUAACCGUCAUCUUGCGAAGUGUGGACGGAAUGCUGGUAUAUUUAUCAACAUUCGAAAAUGUGCGGUGGUGCUUUUGCACAAUGGCAACGGAUGUUGGAGAUUUGCACCAUACCUCGAUGUUCAUGGAGAAGUUGAUCCUGGCUUCAGACAUCGCAGGAGGCUGAUGCUCAACCAGAAACGAUAUGACCGUCUUCUACGUGACAUGUGGCUAUCUCACAGCAUACCCUCUGCCGUGAGUAGAAAGCUGGAGUCCGAGGUCAACAACGGCGGCUGGGAGACUUUAUAA